CAGAAGACGGGCGUUCAAUGCCUGUACAGUGAAAGGGGAGGUUUCAGAAGUGUGUGUGACAGACCUGGGAGCUGACAGUGACAGCACUGUGCCUGCAGAGCUGACUAUUGACAAGACUGUGGAUUAGAGAUCUCUGCCUGAAUAAAGUUCAAAUAACAGAUCCACAUGGACUGAGGAGGACAAGGAGGAGGAUAGCCUUCUAUACAGACCCCCAACCAGCUUAUCUUCCAUGUCCAGGAGGACAGGCAGCAAUGUCUGAACAGGUGGCAGCAGUUGCUGGAGGUGUAAUAGGAGGAGUUCUUCUGUUGUUUCUGAUUGGCUUUGGAGUCUAUGUCCUAUUGAAGAAGAAGUGCAUUGGCCCUUCUUAUGAAGAACUGUUAAAUGCAUCAACUCCAACACAAACAGAAAUCACCGUUGUGGAACAGAGACUGUCACCAUCAUUGGGUUAUGCCAAGGACCUAGGAACAAAAAGCGUACCCUUUAUUGUUCCACCAAAGUUUCAUGGACGAGACUGGGUUGGCAUACAGAAUGGAGAACGUAUCCAAGAAGAUAGUGAGCCAUAUACUGCUCCAGAUUUUCUUCCAAGAUCAUCCUUCUGCUCUAUGGGGGCAGCAUAUGUUUUGGGCUCCAUCAACCCGGCUUUGUACAAAUAUCCAGAUGAUAAUGAAGAAACUGAUUUUCCAGAAGGAAAUAUUGGGCGCAUUUGGUUUGCUGUAGAGUAUGAACAUGAGACAGAGAGAUUGGUGGUUUCUCUUAUUAAAGUAAGGAACCUUCACUUUAACUCAGACUCCUGCAACCCUUUUGUGAAGAUGCAUCUCCUGCCUGAUGAAAGGCGCUCUCUUCAGUCAAAAACAAAACGUAAAACCUUGAACCCCCAGUUUGAUGAAAACUUUGUCUUUCAGGUUUCUGGCAAAACAUUACGUCAGAGAAUUCUGAGAUUUUCUGUCUAUCACGUGGAUAAAAUAAAGAAGCACCAUCUUUUAGGACAGGUUCUCUUCCCCCUGAAAAAUGAGAAUUUAACAGAUGAUGGCAAGCUUGUCAUUUGGCGGGAUCUUGAACAAGAGAGUUCAGAGCCACCAUCCGAAUAUGGAGACAUACAAUUCUCUCUAAGCUACAAUGACUACCUUGGACGUUUGACAGCAGUAGUACUUCGAGCAAAAGGAAUACAGUUCCAAGAAGACCGUGUGGUUGUCAGAACAAAAGGCGAAAGAAAAAGGCGGCUUUUCUCUGUACCGUUAUGGACCACACAUUUUCCCAUCAUCCUCUUAUUAAAAGGCUCAGCAUUUGUUAAGGUGUCCCUCAUGAAUCACAACAGGUUUAUAAAGAGUAAGAAGACAGCUGUAGUACUUGGGACUCCAAAUCCUGUGUAUAAUGAAACUUUUAGCUUUAAGCUGGAACAAAGUGAAUUGGACACAGCAAGCCUGAGUUUUUCCGUCUUCCAGAAUGCUGAAGGAGAUAAGACCGUUUUGCUGGGCCGUGUUGUCGUUGGACCAUACAUGUACACAAGAGGUCGAGAGCUGGAGCACUGGAAUGAAAUGCUUAACAAACCCAAAGAAAUGGUAAAAAGAUGGCAUGCUCUGAGCAUCAGUACCUGAAGUUUACCCACCUUCCUAGAUACAGGAAGACACUUAGAGUUGGCAAGAAUACAGGAAAUUGAAAUUUAGACUUGGCUGUGCUCUGAACAAUGCAUGUUGCCAUCUCCUGGAAUUGUCAAUGGCUUUCAAUCUUGUUAGUCCGACUGACGAGAGACUGGAAUUUCCAAGGAAUGUACUUACUUAUAUAUAGACCAUGCUGUGAUAGCUUGGUAUUCUCACAGUAUUAACUCUGCCAAAAUACUUGGUAAAGAACACAUAAUAGUACAAUGUUUGAUGUAUAGUAGCAAAAAGUUAGUUUGGGUCAUGUUUAUUAAUAAAUGGUACACAUA